CCACCUCCACCACCUCCUCUGCUUUCUCGAAAAGCAGCUUCGCUGUUCCCUUUCGCUUUCUCACUGAUCUCCAGAGAAAUGGCGGCCCUUUUUCCCAGUGAUCCUCGAACUCCUCUUCUUCUCCUGCUCCUCUUCGUCAUCAUCUCCUUCUCCUCAGCAGCCAAGAUCGGAGAAACGUGCAGCUCGGAUAAGACCUGUGAUUCGGGGCUGCAUUGCGGAGGAUGCGGGGAUUCACCAGCGAAGUGCACCAGGAUGCAACCUAUCGAUCCCAAAACCAAGGACAAAGGAUUGCCGUUCAAUAGGUACACAUGGCUAACGACGCACAACUCAUACGCCAUGGAUGGCGCCAAGAGCGCCACUGGCUCCGUCCUCCUCACUGAAACCAACCAGGAAGACACCAUCACCGCCCAGCUCCGUAAUGGUGUUAGAGGCUUGAUGUUAGAUAUGUAUGACUUUCUGAAUGAUAUCUGGCUGUGCCACUCAUUUGGUGGCAAAUGCUAUAACUUCACAGCUUUUCAACCUGCCAUCAAUGUGUUAAAGGAAAUCCAAUCCUUUCUCGACGCAAAUCCUUCUGAGGUCAUCACAAUUUUCAUUGAAGACUAUGUGACAUCCCCACAUGGCCUUAGCAAAGUAUUUAAUGCCUCUGGUCUCACAAAAUACUGGUUUCCAGUAUCCCAAAUGCCCAAGAAUGGAGGAGACUGGCCACUUCUCAGUGACAUGAUAAGUAAGAACCAGCGAUUACUAGUCUUCACAUCGAAAUCAUCCAAGGAGGGAUCAGAGGGCAUUGCAUACGAGUGGAAAUACGUAGUCGAAAACCAAUAUGGUGAUGACGGUAUGAAACCUGGUUCAUGCCCAAACCGAGCAGAAUCAACACCGAUGAACACAACAUCAAGAUCAUUGGUUUUAAUGAACUAUUUCCGAACCAACCCAAACAACACAGCUGUUUGUUCAGACAAUUCAGCCCCUCUUGUUAGCAUGCUCAACACCUGCAUGAAAGCCUCCGGCAAACGCUGGGCCAAUUACAUCGCCGUUGACUAUUAUAUGAGAAGUGAUGGUGGUGGAGCACCAGAAGCCACAGACAUAGGGAAUGGUCAUCUGGUCUGUGGCUGUGACAAUAUAGCAUAUUGCAAGGCCAAUGCCACGUUUGGUACAUGUGAUAUACCACCAAAGGCUCCUGAGGCUCCUAGUCCAUCCAGUCCUGGUGCUGUACCCCAGGGGGCAACACCCAGCUCUUCAACGUUUGGUAUGUCUUUCUUUUGGAGAAGGCUGCUUCCUGUGGUGGUUCCUAUGGUCACUGGCUUCUUAAUAUGAUUUGUUUUCAUUGUGUAUUCUUGUUCAUUAGAUUUUGAUCAUUGUUUUCCUCGCGGCUACAUUGUUGGUUGUUUAUGUAUAUUUUUUAUUUUUUCACUUUUUGUUGUUGAUGAGUUUAUUUGAAUUAAGUUGUCCAUCUUAGAGAGCUAGGAGAAUUAAGAUGGUAGCUUUUGAACCAAAAUCAUAUUUUGGUUGUUUGUUUCAUUUAAGUAGCACAGAU